AUUUCCAUGACCAUUCCCUGAUCAGACAUGAUUCGAUAUCGAAGGUGCUUGUCUGCCUUUCUUGUGGUCUUCCACGCAGUGGAGUUUGUCCGAUCGGCUCCUAUUGUUACACCGGUGGAUCUGUCAGCUCGUUAUAUUACCUUCGAUUUAGCCAUUGGCUCAAUGGCGGAUGACUUACCACCAGAAUUGGAGAUGAAACUGCUGCAGGAUCUACUCCGACAGAGAAUGGAUUUGAUUCGCAUGCAGUUGCUGCAACUAAAUCUGAUGAAACUGUUGGUCGUCUUGGACAUCUUCAUCUGGCUUUGUGUCUAUUUUUACGCAGUCAGCGUCUAAUUGGAUUAUAGAUUUACUUAUCAAAAUACCAAGAUACACAGCCGGUCAAUAAAAUAGACUUAAUAAUUCUCAUUUGUGAAUUAUGCUUUCGA